AUGUGGAAAUCGUUUGCUUUCGCCGCGCUGUUCGCUGCACCGUCUUUCCAGAGUGCGGUUACGAAACGGUUUGCACCUCUCAAGUUCUCCAAGCAUGGGACUUUCCAGAUCUCUAUUCUGGAAGAUCUUCACUUUGGAGAGAAUGCAUGGGAUUCCUGGGGACCAGAGCAGGAUGUCAACUCCGUCAAAGUGAUCCACGAGGUACUCGACGCCGAGUCACCCGAUCUCGUCGUCUUGAACGGCGAUCUGAUCACCGGCGAAAACGCCUUUUUGGAAAACAGCACUGUGUACGUUGACGAAAUUGUCGGGCCCCUCGUUGAGCGUGGCUUGACCUGGGCAUCUACCUACGGGAACCACGAUAGUUCCUACAAUCUUUCGCGCUCGGCUCUGCUAGCCCGCGAAAACCGUUGGCCGAAUUCGCGCACUAAGCAGAUGGUUUCUGGUCGUGAUGCUGGUGUGACCAAUUACUAUUUGCCUGUGUACGGUUCAGGCGACAAGAAUGAUGACGGGGCACCUGCGAUGCUAAUGUGGUUCUUCGACAGCCGCGGGGGUGACUAUUAUCAAGAACUUGAUUCUUCGGGUAAUGUGAUCCCGCAGCCGAAUUGGGUCCAUCAGAGUGUUGUGAACUGGUUUGAGACAACCAAUGCGGACUUGGUCAAGAAGUACCGCAAGCACAUCCCGUCUCUCGUUUUUGUUCACAUUCCUACAAAUGCAUCCCAGGCCAUCCAAACUGAGCUCGGGCUCAACUCCCACAAGGAACCUGGCAUCAAUGAUGAUUAUGACCUUGCACAGCAGGGAGAGGGCUGGUGCGCGGACGGAAGCAAUGAUAGCUCCUGCAAUUAUGGUGGUCAGGAUGUGGCAUUCAUGAAGGCGUUGGUGGAUACACCUGGUGUGAUUGGAGUUUUCUCCGGCCAUGAUCACGGAGAUACCUGGUGCUACAAGUGGGAUACUCUCAUCCCCGGCAUGUCCGUCAAGGGAAAUGGUAUCAAUCUUUGUUUCGGACAACACACUGGAUAUGGUGGAUAUGGAAACUGGAUUCGAGGAUCCAGACAGGUCCUCGUGACGGAGUCCAAGCUCGAGGACAUGGAGAUUGAUACUUGGAUUCGACUAGAGUCUGGCGAUGUCGUGGGAUCUGUAUCUCUCAACUCGACCUAUGGGCAGGACCUCUAUCCUAGUACCCCCGAUACGCUUACUUAG